AUGGUCAACCCGAAAGCCGAACGGGCCCUUGAAGAGGCCAAGAAGCUCGUGGCUCAACUGGAAUCAUACGAUGAUAAUCCAGUCACCCACCAGGCGGUUCUGAAGCAAACAGAGGCAGUCCGUAUUGCCAUCCAGUCGCCUAUGAACCGUAUGAACCAUCUGAUGGAGCAAGUCAGUUUUGGAGGCGCCUUUCAGACCAUCAUUGGCACCCGAGCGUACGACACUAUGCCCGAGGAUGGAAGUUCCAUCACUGCUGUAGAGUUGGCUAAGAUCACCAAUAUAGCUACUACAGUAAUUGAGCGCGUUUACCGCGUAGCCAUCAAUCAUGGCGUUUUCGUCGAGACUGCACCUGAUACAUACGCUCACAACGACCUGUCGCGAAUUCUCAACCCAAGGGGUUUGGGAUCCUUCUUCCUUAUCAUCACCGAGUUUGGACGAGCUUUUCUGCAUCUGGCUGAUUACUGCAAGACACACAAACCAGAAGAUGUGUUUGACUUGACCAAAUCACCAGCUGUAUACUCGGUCGGAAAGGAACACCUCGGCAAAUCAUACUACGAGCUGCUAGAGAUGGAUCCUGAUCCUGAGCGUCGAGAACUCUGGAAUGCCAACAUGGUUGCUGUCGAUGAGCUUAUGCCUGUUGUUGGCAUGUUUCCGUUCGCAUCUCUCAAGGACGAGGUCAAGCAGGACCCUGAGCGGCCCUUUCUGGUUGAUAUCGGGUCUGGUCGUGGACAUUCAUGCAUCGCGAUCAAAAAGGACAUUGGCGAUGCUUUUGACGCCAAGUUUAUCUUGCAAGACCUUCCCGGCGUUAUCAGCACUAUGGAUCCGAAAGACUACCCAGGUUUUGAGCUAAUGGUAUAUGAUGCAUUUAAACCGCAGGCUGUCAAGAAUGCUCGCAUCUACUUUAUGCGCCGUUUCCUCCACGACUUCUACGCCCCAGUCUGUAUCGAGUUCGUUAAGAACACCGCAUCAGCCAUGGGUCCCGACUCUCGUCUCAUCAUCUGCGAUCAGCUCAUCCCUGACACUGUCAAAGAGCAGGAGAACGUAAACUUAUACUGGCUUGACUUUGCUCUUCUGUGCAUGACAGGACAGGAGAAGAAGAAAUCCGAUUUCGAGGAGAUCUUUAAGGCAGCUGGUUUGGAACUGGUCAAGAUUUAUCCAUCUUCCUACGGAUGCACUGUAAUGUUGGAGGCGAGGCUGAAGAGGUCUGAGUAG